AUGGGUGUUGGAGACAAAUCAUUCAUUGUCAGGAAAGCUGCUGCAAGAUGUUUAAAUGCUUUUGCUAGUAUUGGAGGCCUAGGCCUAGGAGCUGGAGAGCUUGACAAUUCCGCCUCUUACUGUGUUAAGGCUCUUGAAAAUCGUGUAUCAUCGAUUCGGGAUGCCUUUGCAACAGCUUUGGGAGUUGUGCUUGCUCUUGUGCAACCAAAAAAAGGCCAGGCUAAUGCAAAAAAUUAUAACGGGAGUUUGCAAAAGCAUCUUAUAUUGCCCUUCACCAGAGCAAGUGGACCUCGUUCAAAGGAUUUGCGAAUAGGUAUAACCUUGUCAUGGGUGUUCUUCUUACAGUUUUUCAGGGAAUACGGCUUAAGUAUAUGCAUCCAGAUAGCGAGCUCCAACAUUAUCUUGUGCAGAUUAUGGAUAUGCUUCGUGCAUAAUAUGUUGUAG